CCAUUGUGAACACAACAAGCUUCCAUUGAAAAAUCCUUGACUCAGUCCCCCUCUCUCGUGCUCUGCAGGCUGCUGCCCGGCCACCCAUCCAGCUAGCUAUUCCUCUUUCAUUUUUAAAGCCAAAGCGUGUUCAAACUUUACAACCUCAAAGAUUCAAAACCUUAAAAAGCUUAAUUUAUAUCUCUCCUUCCCUCUCUCUCUCUCUCACACACACACAAACACAGAGAAAACUAUGCCAAAACCACCACUCUUUGCCUUUCUCUUCCUUUCACUGAUCUCCCUCUUCCUUUCUUGCCAAUCCUACACAUCUACAGCCACCAAUGCCACCGCCACUCUCUCCCAACAAUUCAAAGAAGCCCCACAAUUCUACAACUCCCCGGACUGCCCGUCCACAACCAACGACCUCGAAGAAGACGAAAACGACGAGGACAACACCAACAACGACGUAGUAUGUUCUGAAAGUGCAGUCCACGUUGCAAUGACCCUAGACACCCAAUACCUCAGAGGCUCUAUGGCCGCCAUUCUCUCCGUUCUUCAACACACCUCGUGCCCGGAGAACGUCUUCUUCCACUUCGUAGCCUCCGCAUCCUCCGCCAACGCGUCCCUCCUACGCGCCACCCUCUCCAACUCCUUCCCUUAUCUCAAGUUCCAAGUGUACCGCUUCGAUGACUCCCACGUGUCGGGCCUCAUCUCCACCUCCAUACGCUCCGCCUUAGACUGUCCACUCAACUACGCCCGCAGCUACUUGGCUAACCUCUUGCCCUUGUGUGUCCGACAAGUCGUUUACCUCGACUCCGAUCUUAUCCUCGUUGACGACAUUGCCAAGCUCGCCGCCACACCGCUCGGAGACUACUCCGUCCUCGCCGCCCCGGAGUACUGCAAUGCCAACUUCACGUCGUAUUUCACCCCAACGUUUUGGUCUAACCCUUCUUUGUCACUGACCUUCGCGAACCGGAAGGCGUGUUACUUCAACACCGGAGUGAUGGUGAUCAAUCUUGAUCGGUGGAGAGCUGGGGAUUAUACGAAGAAGAUUGAGGAUUGGAUGGAGCUCCAGAAGAGGAUGAGGAUAUACGAGCUGGGUUCUCUACCCCCAUUUCUGCUCGUGUUUGCUGGGAAAAUAGCUUCGGUUGAUCACAGGUGGAACCAGCACGGCCUUGGCGGCGAUAACUUCCGGGGACUUUGCAGGGAUCUGCACCCGGGUCCGGCGAGUCUCUUGCACUGGAGUGGGAAGGGUAAGCCCUGGGCUCGCCUGGACGCGAACCGGCCGUGCCCGUUGGACGCUCUUUGGGCUCCUUAUGAUUUGUUACGGACGCCAUUUGCUUUGGAUUCUUAAGCUCCUUCUGGCGCUUAAUUACUAGUCGGAGGGAAAAAGGAUUAAAGAAAACUGUUCUCUUUUGAAAGGAGGAGAUUGUUCAUGUAGAUUAUGCAGAUUUGGUAGCUAUGAUCCCCCCCCCAAAAAAAAAAAAAAAUGAAAGUUCAAACAAAUCUGUCAAAGUUUUAAUUUUCUAGUUGUCUAAUAAUAAGGAGAAGAUCCUGAAGAGAAAUGGGAUUCGUAUAUUUUGCAUCACGGAUGCAUGAUAAUUGUAUCAAAGUCGAUCUGUACAGCAAAAGAGCUAUUUUGCUUAUGUUCAAUUAAUUAUAUCAUAUUUCUGGAUUUUACUAGUUUCAA